GUAAGCGCCGUGGUGCAGUGUUGAAAGAUUGCUCGACUGUCUUCAUAAUGGCGUGGUUGCGCGGUGACGAUGGAUCUGGAUCUGGAUCUGCUGCAGCACCACGGCUACAGCCCACCACAAGACAACUUACUCGACUGCGUGGAUCAAUACUAUGCAAGUGAGCUCUGCGACGAGACCGCUUCUUUGGAGGUCCAGCAUUUUCUGCACCCCCGGGACGAUGCUUGGUCCUACCAGUACGCACACAUCCCAUUCACCCGAUGCAUCUCAGCAUUGACCGCUAGAGAGUUCAAUGGGAAUGGACCCUGGGGACAUCAGGCUUUGGUUGGCGCAGGUACCAUGACUUGUCUUUGUGAGGACCGAGGCCUUGGUAGUAGGACUGUGCGGGCGUACGAGCGUACAAGCGUACCAGCCCACUGGCAUUGAGUUACAGUGUGUGUGAUGGCUGGGCGGUGUAUGUAUGUUUCUGUAUGUUACUUUUUAGGGCUGAGUGAGGCUGCAUGCAGCAGGCCGCUGAGGUGAGCGCGCAGAGAGCAGAAACCGCGGACCGCAGGCAGAUUGCGACCUCAAGCCUUGGCAAGAUUUGACGGAGAUGCCCAGGUCGGCCAAAUCAGUCCACGAGUGCAGACAAGAAGUCGUGCCGGGCCGCAGGAUGCAGGAUGCACGACAGCAGCGAGGGCGGGGAUUGAAGCUGUCACAAUGGUUCGAUGGAGGAGCCCCUUUGGGGCCCUUUGUCGAUUCAAAUGCCGCGGUUCGGACCCUGACAAGCCUGAGAUGGAGGUAAGGAAGUCGAAAGUGGAUGACCUUUGUCUGACAAUGACCGAGGAUCAGGCAGAGUACACGGUACUUGUGUCUUCCACCACAUUGGGUGCGGAGUUGGAGGUCUCAGCUACCCGCUAGCUCGGGGCUUGGCCCGUUUCCUUUCCGGAGCGGAGAGCUUGAGUGCUGUGGGCAAGCGACGGGCCAAUAGAGCACCCCGGAUUACUGUGUCAGUUGGGUGUCUUGGUCGGCUUCGGAGAUGGUGGGGUCUUUUGCCUUUGCAAGUCAGGCCAGGUACGAAUACGCUUUGGAUCUAGAUCAGAUCCCGAAUUACCGGCCGAGGGAAGCCUUUUUUUUUUUUGUGUGUGUAAUGUUGUCCUUGUGAGAGGGAGACUUCCGGUGCUGCACUGCACAUCCAUUGGCUAUGUGUUUCAUCAAUUGUCAGGCAUUUCGCAGUGGAAUUGCCAUCCCAUUGCAUGCAAUUGCUGGGUGGUCGGUCGGAAGUCGGGGGGAUGGAGAGAGACAAAAAAAAGGACCACCAAGGAGGCCAGCCAUGGAUUGAUUGUACAGGAGAGGACAGAUGAAAAGGAAGAGCAGAGACAGACGGCAUAUACAUAAUAAUAUCUAGUCAUCUAA